UAUACUUAAAAAAAAUAACGUAAAAAAUCAUUUGGUAUAUAAACGACGAAUUUUUUCAAUUUUUUCAAAAAGUGGAAAUAAGUGUAUACUUUCUCGAAAAUAAAAGUAAAAAUGAAUCAUGGCUGGGCUUUACUAAUUUUUAUUGUUCACUGUAUUGUGACAGGAAUAUUGUUAAAGAGUACACUCACGAAUCACAAUGAGAAGACAACUACCAGCACAACGAGCACAACUACUACCACAACCACAAAAAAACCAGAUGGUGAAGAAAUUAAGCCAAUAACAGAAAAAAUUAUAACUACCAACAUAACUAAUACCACAUCCAUUAAAAAAUCUGAUUAUGAUUAUCAGGAAAAUAAUAAUAAUGAUGAUGAUGAUGAUGAUGAUGAAGAUUAUGAAUGGUUAAGACUAUAAAUAAGUUGGAGAAUCGUCACAAAAAUAAUAAUUAUUCCUAUGAUGUAUUAAAAAACCUGUGAGGAAUUUAUUAUAGUUGAAAAUAAAUAUUAUUCUAAAAGAAA